CAGCGUCCGCUCGGGAGGAGAUUUCGCGGCUAAUCUCGGGAUGCCUUGCAGAUGCAAAAUGUGUCUCUGGCCAGCAGGAGGAAGGAAGAGGAAGUGAGAGCAGCGGCCGCCGGCGGCGCAGCAGCCGGCCGACCCGGAGUGUAAGUGCGUGUGCUCUGGCGAGCGCGAACCGGCGAGGAUGGGCAAGGGAUAGAGGCAGAGCCACUCACACCGCCGGGGCCCCGAGUUGGGCGACAGACCCUCCGGUCCCCCUUCAGUGGUCGCGGGGUCGCCAGAGCUCUGAUUGCUGGGAACCCUCGCCGCUGCCGCCGCCGUCCUGCGACCCCGGGCAGGAUCUUAGUUUCCUGACCAAGGAUUGAACACGUACUCUUGGCAGUAAAAGCUCGGCGUCCUAACCACUGGACCACCAAGGAAUUCCCUGUAUAGACACGUGCGGCCAUCUACACUGUAAGAUCCCACUUCCACCGGCUUUGGAUAUUCCGGGGAUUUGCAAUGCCGCCGCCUGCGGACAUCGUCAAGGUGGCCAUAGAAUGGCCUGGCGCCUACCCCAAGCUCAUGGAAAUCGACCAGAAAAAACCACUGUCUGCAAUAAUAAAGGAAGUCUGUGAUGGGUGGUCCCUUGCCAACCAUGAAUACUUUGCACUGCAGCAUGCUGAUAGUUCAAACUUCUAUAUCACAGAAAAGAAUCGCAAUGAAAUAAAAAAUGGCACUAUCCUUCGAUUAACCACAUCUCCAGCUCAAAACGCCCACCAGCUCCAUGAACGAAUCCAGUCGUCGAGUAUGGACGCCAAGCUGGAGGCCCUGAAGGACUUGGCCAGCCUCUCCCGGGAUGUCACGUUUGCCCAGGAGUUUAUCAAUCUGGAUGGCAUCUCUCUCCUCACGCAGAUGGUGGAAAGCGGCACUGAACGAUACCAGAAAUUGCAGAAGAUCAUGAAGCCUUGCUUUGGAGACAUGCUGUCCUUCACCCUGACGGCCUUUGUGGAGCUGAUGGACCACGGAAUAGUGUCCUGGGAUACGUUUUCGGUGGCAUUCAUUAAGAAGAUAGCAAGUUUUGUUAACAAGUCAGCCAUAGACGUCUCCAUCCUGCAGCGGUCCUUGGCCAUUCUGGAGUCCAUGGUGCUCAACAGCCAUGACCUCUACCAGAAGGUGGCACAAGAGAUCACUAUUGGCCAACUCAUUCCCCAUCUUCAAGGGACAGAUCAAGAAAUCCAAACCUAUACCAUUGCAGUGAUUAAUGCACUUUUCCUGAAGGCUCCUGAUGAGAAGAGGCAGGAGAUGGCGAAUAUUUUGGCUCAGAAGCAACUGCGUUCCAUCAUCUUAACACAUGUCAUCCGAGCUCAGCGGGCCAUCAACAAUGAAAUGGCACACCAGCUGUACGUGCUGCAGGUGCUAACCUUUAACCUUUUGGAAGACAGGAUGAUGACCAAGAUGGAUCCCCAGGACCAGGCUCAGCGGGACAUCAUAUUUGAACUUCGAAGAAUUGCUUUUGAUGCAGAGUCUGAACCAAAUAACAGCAGCGGCAGCAUGGAGAAGCGCAAGUCCAUGUACACCCGGGAUUAUAAAAAACUUGGCUUCAUUAAUCAUGUCAACCCUGCCAUGGACUUUACCCAGACACCUCCUGGGAUGUUAGCUCUGGACAAUAUGCUCUACUUUGCCAAGCACCACCAGGAUGCCUACAUUCGGAUUGUGCUUGAGAACAGUAGCCGAGAAGAUAAGCACGAAUGUCCCUUCGGCCGCAGUAGUAUAGAGCUGACCAAGAUGCUGUGUGAGAUCUUGAAAGUGGGCGAGCUGCCUAGUGAGACCUGCAACGAUUUCCACCCGAUGUUCUUCACCCACGACAGAUCCUUCGAGGAGUUUUUCUGCAUCUGUAUCCAGCUCCUGAACAAGACAUGGAAGGAAAUGAGGGCAACCUCUGAAGACUUCAACAAGGUAAUGCAGGUGGUGAAGGAGCAGGUUAUGAGAGCUCUUACAACCAAGCCUAGCUCCCUGGACCAGUUCAAGAGCAAACUGCAGAACCUGAGCUACACCGAGAUCCUGAAAAUCCGCCAGUCUGAGAGGAUGAACCAGGAAGAUUUCCAGUCUCGCCCGAUUUUGGAACUAAAGGAGAAGAUUCAGCCAGAAAUCUUGGAGUUGAUCAAACAACAACGCCUGAACCGCCUCGUGGAAGGGACCUGCUUUAGGAAACUCAACUGCCGGCGGAGGCAAGACAAGUUUUGGUAUUGUCGGCUUUCACCAAACCACAAGGUCCUGCAUUAUGGAGACUUGGAAGAAAGUCCUCAGGGAGAAGUGCCCCACGAUUCCUUGCAGGACAAACUGCCGGUGGCAGAUAUCAAAGCUGUGGUGACGGGAAAGGACUGCCCUCAUAUGAAAGAGAAAGGUGCCCUUAAACAAAACAAGGAGGUGCUUGAACUUGCUUUCUCGAUCUUGUAUGACUCAAACUGCCAGCUGAACUUCAUAGCUCCUGACAAGCACGAGUACUGUAUCUGGACAGAUGGGCUGAAUGCGCUGCUGGGGAAAGACAUGAUGAGUGACCUGACGAGGAAUGACUUGGACACGCUGCUCAGCAUGGAAAUCAAGCUCCGCCUCCUGGACCUGGAAAACAUUCAGAUCCCCGACGCACCUCCACCCAUCCCCAAGGAGCCCAGCAACUAUGACUUUGUCUAUGACUGUAACUGAAGCACCCAGGGCCCAGAAGCUCCCCCUCCAAAACUGGAAGAGCUAGCUAACAGGAGAGAAGAAUGAAAACACUCCCACGCCUUGGAAUCCGCUGUGGUAGAGGAAAGCUGUGGUCCACAUUUCCUUUGGGCCCAGCGCCUCUAGCCCCGGCGUCUUCCUGCCCCUCCCUGGCAUCCUGCUCACCGCCCUGAUUCCGUUUCUAGACUCCGUUGCUUUAGGUCACCUCCCGUUGCUGCAGCCUAAGGUGGGAGAAAAGCAAAACCCACCGCCAGUAAGAGAGCCAAAGGGCCCCUCCAUCUUCAUCCCAGCAGGCAAGCCCUCCCCUCCUGGAGGCUGAAAGCCAGCAGCACCAGACCGCCCCCAAACCUACAGCCAGACCCAGGGGUGUGCCCGAGGCCUGUGUCUGGAAGAAACAGUCGAGCUGCUUGAGGAGACCAAACACCUCCUCGUCCCCCUGCUGUCUAGAGUCCGCUCACACCACCAGUUCCAUGUGAAUUGAAAUCUGCUUCCAAACCCCCUCCCUCCCGCAUCCCAGCCUUUGCCUGCCCUUUUCCUCUCUGGUCCCAAGAGCAACAGCUUCUUCCUAGUUCUCGCCAGCGCUGGGUCUCCAGACACAGUCCGUGGGUCCCAUGGCCACUUCACGUCCGCCCUGUGACUGUGACCACCCUUCCUGCCUCCCAGCUAGUCUUGGCUUUCCUCUCCCCGCCCCAGCCCAGACCUGCCCUCUUCAUUUUCACACACCCUUCCAGCCCCUUAGCUGAAAGCACAAAUGGUGAAAUCAGUCACCUUGCUCCAUCUCUAAUGUACUAAAUCUCAAAGCCUCGAUGACAGGCAGUUGCUAUCUAAGGGUUUGGUGGUCCUUCUCCUGGUGGUUCUGCUGAACACAGGUUUCCACAGGAUGGUCAAAUAGCCAAGUUUACAUCGUUGUAAUUAUUACAGGUAUUGACAGUUUGCAAGGGUUCAGGGUUGUUGGUUUGGGGGGGGGGUUUUUUUUGGUUUCUUUUUUCUUUGCUUUGUUUUUGUACAAAAGAGUCUAACAUUUUUUGCCAAACAGAUAUAUAUUUAAUGAAAAGAAAAGAUACAUAAAGGUGUGUACUUUCCAGGGUUUUUUUUUUUU